AUGGAAAGACAGUUAGGAAAACCAGUGCUCCUAACGGGCCCCGUUUUGCCUGAACUUUCACCGAUGGAGUUGGAGGACCGGUGGGCGCAGUGGCUAGGCGGAUUCAAGCCUGCCCUAAAACCACCAUUAGGAGCUGCAACCAUUGAAGAGGCCUUGCCGGAGGGGUUCCAAGGGAGGGUUGGAGGGAGAGGAGUGGUUCAAGGAGGGUGGGUGCCGCAGCCCUCAAUCCUGAGCCACUGGGAGUCCUUGAUGAGUGACCCCCAGAUAGUGCUGGUACCAGAGCUUUCUGACCAAAUGUUCAGAGCUAGGCUAUUGGCUGAAGAGCUUAAGGUUGCAGUGGUGGUUGAGAAUAUUGUGCCCUACAUUUUACAAUAUUUGAAUGCUAUGACUUUAUGA